GCAAACAUGACUAAAAUGUUAUCUGCCCAAGAAGCCUCCAAGAUCUAUCACACAAACUAUGUGAGAAACUCGAGGGCCGUUGGUGUGCUGUGGACAAUCUUCACUAUUUGCUUCGCCAUCAUCUGUGUGGUGGUUUUUAUUCAGCCCUACUGGAUUGGAGACAGUGUCGAUACACCUCAGUCUGGUUACUUUGGGCUUUUUCACUACUGCAUUGGGAAUCCCAUCACAGGGGAGCUGGUGUGUAAGGGCAGUGCGCUGGACUUUGGAUCCAUUCCUUCUGGUGCUUUCAAAACUGCCAUGUUCUUCGUUGGGAUUUCUUUGCUGUUGAUCGUGGGAACUAUUGUUUGCUUUAGUUUAUUCUUCUUCUGCAAUUCAGGCAGCGUGUAUAAGAUCUGUGCGUGGAUGCAGCUGGCAGCUGCAACUUGCAUGGUCAUAGGAUGCAUGAUCUAUCCAGAUGGCUGGGACUCAGAAGAGGUGAAGCGGAUGUGUGGCCAGCGGACGGAUAAGUACACACUGGGUAACUGCACAGUACGCUGGGCAUACAUCUUGGCCAUCAUCAGCAUAAUGGACUCCCUCAUCCUCUCUUUCCUGGCCUUUGUGCUGGGCAACCGGCAAGACAAACUGCUGCCAGAGGACUUCCAGACGGAGAACAAGAAAGAGGAAGCAUGA